GCCAGAGAGGCAGUUGGAGGAGGGCGGACGAGGCGGCGCUCGCCCUUCAGCCCGGCGGUUCCCCUGCGCCCGCUGCGGCCGACAGAGAGACCGCGUCGCCGUCUGCCGGGGAGCCGCUCCGCAAGAGGCCGCGGAGAGACGGUCCCGGCCUCGGGCGGAGCCCGGGCGAGCCCGGUGGGGCGGUUCUCGAGCGUGAGGUGCCGGUGGCGGCCGGGGGCUGCCCGGCGGCGGUGGCGCUGUGGCGGGAGGCGGCGGGUGGGGAACGAGAGGCUCCGGCGACGGCGGCGGCCGGAGAAGAAGACAAUGGGCCGGGCCUGCAAGGCCUAUCCCGGGAGGCGCCGCCGGCCGACGACUUCGACGACGACGACGGCGAAGAGGAGGAAGAGGCGGCGGCGGCAGCGAUUGGGUACCGAGAUAACCUUCUGUUUGGUGAUGAAAUUAUCACUAAUGGUUUUCAUUCCUGUGAAAGUGAUGAGGAUGAUAGAGCCUCACAUGCAAGCUCUAGUGACUGGACUCCAAGGCCACGGAUAGGUCCAUAUACUUUUGUUCAGCAACAUCUCAUGAUUGGCACAGAUCCUCGAACAAUUCUUAGAGACUUACUACCAGAAACAAUUCCUCCACCUGAUUUGGAUGAUAUGACAUUGUGGCAGCUUGUUAUUAAUAUUCUUUCAGAACCACCAAAAAGGAAAAAAAGAAAAGAUAUUAAUACAAUUGAAGAUGCUGUGAAAUUACUGCAAGAGUGCAAAAAAAUAAUAGUUCUAACUGGAGCUGGGGUAUCUGUUUCAUGUGGAAUACCUGACUUCAGGUCAAGAGAUGGUAUUUAUGCUCGCCUUGCAGUAGACUUCCCAGAUCUUCCAGAUCCUCAAGCAAUGUUUGAUAUUGAGUAUUUCAGAAAAGAUCCAAGACCAUUCUUCAAGUUUGCAAAGGAAAUAUAUCCUGGACAAUUCCAACCAUCUCUUUGUCACAAAUUCAUAGCCUUGUCAGAUAAGGAAGGAAAACUACUUCGCAACUAUACUCAGAAUAUAGAUACGUUGGAACAGGUUGCGGGAAUCCAAAGGAUAAUUCAGUGUCAUGGUUCCUUUGCAACAGCAUCUUGCCUGAUUUGUAAAUACAAAGUUGACUGUGAAGCUGUACGAGGAGAUAUUUUUAAUCAGGUAGUUCCUCGAUGUCCUAGGUGCCCAGCUGACGAACCACUUGCUAUCAUGAAACCAGAGAUUGUCUUUUUUGGUGAAAAUUUACCAGAACAGUUUCAUAGAGCCAUGAAGUAUGAUAAAGAUGAAGUUGAUCUUCUCAUUGUUAUUGGGUCUUCCCUGAAAGUAAGACCAGUCGCGCUCAUUCCAAGUUCCAUACCCCAUGAAGUGCCUCAGAUAUUAAUUAAUAGGGAACCUUUGCCUCAUCUGCAUUUUGAUGUGGAGCUGCUUGGAGACUGUGAUGUCAUAAUUAAUGAAUUGUGUCAUAGGUUAGGUGGUGAAUAUGCCAAACUUUGCUGUAACCCUGUAAAGCUUUCAGAAAUAACUGAAAAACCUCCACGAACACAAAGAGAAUUGUCUCAUUUGUCACAGUUGCCACCCACACCUCUUCAAAUUUCAGAAGACUCAAGUUCACCAGAAAGAAUUUCACCACCAGAUUCUAAAGUGAUUGUCACACUUUCAGACCAAGCACCUAAGAGUAAUGUUGAUGAUUUAGAUGUGUCUGAAUCAGAAAGUUGUAUGGAAGAAAAAUCACAGGAAGUACAGACUUCUACUACAAACGCUGAAAGUAUUACCGAACAGUUGGAACAUCCGGAUUUGAAGAAUGUCAGUUCCAAUACUGGAGAGAACAGUGAAAGAACUUCGGUUGCUGAAACUGUGAGAAAGUUGUGGCCCAAUAGAGUUGCCAAGGAGCAGAUUAGUAAGCGGCUUGAUGGUAAUCAGUACCUGUUUUUACCACCAAAUCGUUACAUUUUUCAUGGCGCUGAGGUAUAUUCAGACUCUGAAGAUGACGUCUUAUCCUCUAGUUCUUGUGGCAGUAAUAGUGAUAGUGGAACAUGCCAGAGUCCAAGUUUAGAAGAACCUAUGGAGGAUGAAAGUGAGAUUGAAGAAUUCUACAAUGGCUUGGAAGAUGAUGCAGAUGUUCUAGAGAGAGCUGGAGGAACUGGACUUGGAGCUGAUGGAGGUGAUCAAGAAGCAGUUAAUGAAGCUAUAUCCAUGAAACAGGAAGUAAUAGACAUGAAGUAUCCAUCAAACAAAUCAUAAUGUAAUAAUUGUCUAGGUAUGGAAAUUGUUCCACCAGCAUUAGGAACUUUAGCAUGUCAAGAAGAAUGUUUACUUGUGAACUCAAUAGAGCAAGGAAACCAGAAGGUGUAAUAUUUAUAGACUGGUAAAAUAGAUUGUUCUCAUGGAUAAUUUUUAACUUCAUUAUUUCUGUACUUGUAAACUCAACACUAAAUUUUUUUUUUUUUUAAAGAAAGGUACUAAGUAUCUUUAAUCAGCUGAUGGUUAAGACUCACUUUCUUUAAAGGUUCAUUUGUAUGAUACAUCUAUAUGUAUAUAUUAUUUCUUGUUUUUGCCUAGUAAGUUUCAACAUUUUGAAGUUUUCAAAAAGCCAUUGGAAUGUUAAAUUAAUGUAAAGGGAACAGCUUAUCUAGACCAAAGAAUGGUAUUUUCACACUUUUCUUUGUAACAUUGAAUGAUUUGAAGUCCUCAAAAUCUUUGUUCUGCUAAACUUUUGAUUCUUUAGCACAAUUACCUAUUUUUAAACACUGGCAUUUUCCAAAACUUGUGGCAGCUAACUUUUUAAAAAUCUCAAAUGACAUGCAAUGUGAAUAGAAGGAAGUCAGCAAUAUGUGGGAGAGCACUCAGUUGUCUACUUUCUAAGUAAGACUUGGUGCUAAGAGUUCCAAGAAUAUUUAUUGUUCAAAUUAAGAUGGCUUUUGUACUUCCUGCAGACAUGUAGUAAUUAAUGUCUAUAUUGGCUCAUAAAACUAACCUGAAAAACAAAUAAAUGCUUUGGAAAUGUUUCAGUCGCUUUAGAGAUAAUGGUGCCUGCCUGGAUCCCCUUAGUUUUGAAAUCUUUGCCAUUGUUGUUUAAAUACCUAUCACUGUGGUAGAGCUUGUAUUGAUCCUUUUUCACAAGUAUUAAACUGCCAAGAUGUGAAUAUGCAAAGCUUCUGAAUCUGUAAUAAUGGUACUUCUACUGGGGAGAGUGUAAUAUUUUGGACUGCUGUUUUCCCAUUGAGGAGAGCAACAGGACCCUGAUUACAAUUCCAAAGUAAUAAGAUGUUAAUAAUAUAAUUCAGCCAGAAAGUACAUGUCUCCUGUUGGGCGGAUUUGGUGUAAUAAAUACCAAACUGCUAGCCUAGUAUUAUGGAGAUGAACAUGAUGUAAAUGAAUGAAACUAGUUCUUGUAACAUAUCUUUAUUUAAAGCUUAGCCUGCCUUAAAACUAGAGAUCAACUUUCUCAGCUGCAGAAGCUUAUAGCCUUUCAAAAAAGUUCAUUCUUUAUAAAAUUGCACAGUAAGCAUUUAUUUUCCAGACCUUUUUCGAACAUUACUCCAAAUUAUAAAGUAUUCCUUUGUUGCUUUAGUAUUUAUUACAAUAAAAAGGGUUUGAACCACAGCUGUUCUUUAUAAAUAAAAUACCCAGCUAGGAUCAUUACUGCCAGAGGAAAAAAAUUGUAUUGAAUGGCCAUUUACCUACCUAAAAGAUGUCUCAAUCUGAAUUUAUUUGGCUUUUAAAGAAUGCAGUAUAUUUAGUUUUCCAUUUGCAUGAUGUGUUUGUGCUAUAGAUAUUUUAAAUUGAAAAAUUUGUUUUAAAUUAUUUUUACAGUGAAGACUGUUUUCAGCUCUUUUUAUAUUGUACAUAGUCUUUUAUGUAAUCUACUGGCAUAUGUUUUGUAGACUGUUUAAUGACUGGAUAUCUUCCUCCAACUUUUGAAAUACAAAACCAGUGUUUUAUACUUGUACACUGUUUUAACAAAGUCUAUUAAAAUUGUCAUUUGACUUUUUUCUGUUAGCUUA